AUGUCAGAGCCUCCUCAGUGCUGCAUCUGUCUGGAUGACUUCAGCAGCCCCACCUCCCUGCCCUGUGGACACUGCUUCUGCCUGAGCUGUAUAGGAGAGUACUGGAGGGUCCACGGGGCCUGCCAGUGCCCGCUCUGCAAGGCCGUUUUCCCCAGCAGGCCGCAGCUGAAAACAGACUCAACUCUCCACGCCGGCGCCGCGCCGGAGGAGGCAGCUGCUCCUUUAAAAGCCGGAGAGGUUCCCUGUGAUUUCUGUCCAGCGAAGCACAGAGCGGUCAAGUCCUGUCUGGAGUGUCUGGCCUCGUACUGUGCUGCUCAUCUGGAGCCACAUUACCAGAGGGAAGAGCUUGGGCGCCACCUCCUGAUCAGUGUGGUGAAGAACCUGGAGGAUUCUGUGUGUGGGCUGCACGGGAAGCAGUUGAACAGGUUCUGCAGGAGCGAUCAGACGUGCGUCUGUGCCACGUGUGCCCAGACAGAACACAGAGGCCAUCACAUGAUCUCCAUCCACAGGGAAGCUGCAAAGAAGAAGGUUAAACUAAAAUGGAGAAGGCUGAAAAUCCAGCAAGCUAUUCAAGAGAGACUGAGUAGAGUUGAGAAAAUCAAGCUCUCUGUAGAGCUCAGUGGAGAAAAGCCCAAAGAAGCAUGGGCGCAAAAUAAGAUUCUCCUCAGACAACUGGAGGAAGAAAUCUCGGAGCUGCAGAGCAGAAACACGGAGCUGGAGCUGCUGGCACAGACUGAAGACGACCUCCACUUCCUACAGGUCUGCACCACGGUCCAAAGUCAACAAGAUCACUAAUCAGCCAAUAAAGCUGCUUAUUUAUUUGUAAUAUUUGUGGCAUCAAAAACGGCACAACUGAUCCUUUAAUGAAUGAAGGGCCGUAUGGGCCAUAAUUCAU